UUGGCUGGCAGACUUAAGCCUGGCGUUGAGUUCCUGCGGCUGUCCCACACAAGUGGCUGGCAAAGUCGGCCCCUACCCAACCCGUGAGCUCAGGUCUCCAGUGUCCCUUAAUUGGUUCCAGUCUGAACUCCACUGCCGCGGCAGGACCAUCUGGUCCAAUCUCGGCCCUGGUUCCGCGCGCACGGAAGUCUCCAGCCAGUGCACAGGCCUGGCCGCCGCGGCCCAGCGUGAGUCCCUCGCAGGGUCAGAUGGAGCUCGGACCUGAGAGGCCGCCGCGUUGAGCGAGCGCAGACCGCGCGGUGACGUCCCUGUCCACGUCGGCGCCUGGCCCCCGGUGGACCGCUGCAGCAGGCGGACGGGCGACCUAUCCGCAGGCGGCCAUUCUGAAAGGGUAUAGCGUGCAAGAUCCAGAUCAAGAUACAUACGGCUGGGACCUGCCAGGGUUCCUGCCCUACUCUUGCGCCCGUGGCGGCCCCAGCUAGGCGACUGCCAACAGAGGCGCUGUCGGGACAUGGCCGGGGAGCGGCCAGGGUCCUGGUUCGGUUUCGGCUUCUGCGGCUUUGGCCAGGCGCUGGGCUCUGGCCACGUGCGUCCAGUGUGCAGCCCCCAGCCGCUGCCGGCGGGCGCCGACACCUGCCAUGUGAGCGCGGGCUGGAGCUACACGGCGGUGGUGACCCGAAGAGGCUGCCUGGAGUUGUCAGGCUCCACCAGUGGGGCCCAGGGCGGCUGCAGGGACGCAUGGGCCCAGGAGGGGCUCCUCGUGGUGCUGCGUGAGGGUUCAGGUCCCGGGUCGGGGGCCUUGCUACAGGCCUGGACGCCUGGCUCUGCACUGCGCGGGGAGCCCCUGUGGGCUCAGAAGGUGGAGGUUGAGGGGGAAGAAGCAGCGGCCUGUGAGGCCCAGGCUGGGAUGCUGCCUCUGCUGCCGGAUGCCUGUUCCUAUGUCAGCCCGAAGCCACCCUUCUACCGAACUCUGGCCCCAGAGCUGCUGGCACGCCGGCUGGAGCUGGGUGCUGAGCACGCUUUGCUGCUGGGCUCCACUGGCCAGGUGUUCUCCUGGGGCGGAGGCAGGCAUGGACAGCUGGGCCACGGGAGCCUGGAGGCAGAGCCAGAGCCAAGGCUGUUGGAGGCACUGCAGGGCCUGCCCAUGGCCGAGGUGGCCGCAGGUGGCUGGCAUUCUGUGUGUGUGAGUGAGACUGGAGACAUUUAUAUCUGGGGCUGGAAUGAAUCAGGGCAGCUGGCCCUGCCCACCAGGAGCCUGGCAGAAGACAGGGCACCAGCUGCAGUGGAGGGACUAAAUAAAGAUGGUUCUGAAGUGAAGAGAGCAGCCAUGGGUGAGGAUGGCGCCCCGGCCCCCUUCAUAGCUGUCCAGCCCUUCCCAGCUUUAUUGGAUCUGCCCCUAGGCUCAGAUGCAGCCAAGGCCAGCUGUGGGUCCCGGCACACAGCUGUGGUGACACGAACGGGGGAACUCUAUACCUGGGGCUGGGGUAAAUAUGGACAGCUUGGUCACAAGGACACUAUCAGCUUGGAUCGGCCCUGCCGUGUGGAAUACUUUAUAGAUAAACAACUCCAAGUGAAGGCUGUCACCUGUGGCCCCUGGAACACCUACGUGUAUGCUGUGGAGAAAGCAGAUUGCUGACGUCCUUGUGUGUCCAUAUGUAUAUAUGAGACACCUGUGAACUCCCCUUCAAGUCAAGGAAAACCACUGCCAAUCCCCUCCCAUCACAAUCCUCUCUUCACCUUAUAGCAAAGUCCUUAGCGCCUCUGUACUUGAGAAACACCUGGGGAGCAUGAAAAUUCAGAUGCCCAAAUCCAGCAUCUCAAACAGUGAGAUCAGAACCUCUGGAGGCGGGGCCUAGAUAUUGGUAAAGUUUGAGCUCCCCACACCUCUGCUCAGGUGAUCUCUAUGUACAGCCAAGAUUAAGAACAUUCUGGCUCAGUGCCCCUAGCUAGUGGUUAGGGCAGCAGCCACAUCCACCUGGGCUGGCAGGUUCGAAUCUGGCCCAGGUCUGCUAAACAAUUGACAACUAUAGCAAGAAAAUAGCCAGGCGUUGUUGUGGGCGCCUGUAGUCCCAGCUACUUGGGAAGCUGAGGGAAGAGAAUCACUUGAGCCCAAGAGUUUGGAGGUUGCUGUGAGCUAUGAUGCUAAGGCACUCUACAGAGGGCAACAAAGUGAGACUCUGUCUCAAAAAAAAAAGAUUGAGAACAUUUAAGGUUAUAUCAGUUGCUUCCCUGUUUGCAUUCAGACCUUGAUCACCCUUGUGUGCAUUCCUUACAUGACUUAGUCUAGUCUGUCUACUUUUGAGUAUUCAGUAAAUGGAAUCAUUCUUUUGUGUCAUUUUUCACUCAGCAUUAUAUGAUUGCUUCAUGUUGUAUCCUGGAGUUCAUUCACUUUUACGCCGUAUGGUAUUCCAUUAUAUGAAUAUACCUUAAGCUGUAUUUUUUUUGAUAGUCAUUUUUAUUUUUACUAAUUUUUGAACAUUACUUAUAAUACUCUCAUGGGCAAACUUGUGCACAAGUUCUUCUACAGAACAUUCAGAGCUGUACUGGUUAAGUCAAGAAUUACUUUUAUCUUUACAGGGCAACUUUGUGUUCCUACCAGCACUGGGGGGUUUACUGUGCCUCAAACAUCAAGUGGAUCACACUGGCUUUAAUCUGCAUUUCCCCAGAUACUCCUAAGGUUGAGGAGCUUUUCAUUUCUUUAUUGGCCACUGGAGUUUUUCUAUUGAGAAGUGACUAUUCCUACUUUUCUGUCCUUUUAAAAGUAUUUUUUCAUAGCAGUUUGUCUUCAUUGUAUUAUAUAUUGUAAACACAAGUCCUUUGAUAGUUAUGUGUUUGAAAUAUCUUCCAUGUUAUAGAUCGUCUUUUCGUCUCUUUUGGUGCUGUGAAGUUCUGUUUAUUGCUUACAUGGCGCUUACUCUGUGCUCAAAGUGCUGUGCAAAUACAGAGGUAUUUCGAUGAACACAGUUCUUAAUGUAGUCUACUUUAUCAAUAUUUUUCUUAUAUUUUCUUAUUUUUCAGUAAACAACAAUUUAUAUUUGCAUAUAAGUAUGUCUAUGAUUAAGGAAAUUUUCACUGACUUUAGGGUCUUUUAGUUACUCUUCCUAUUUUUUUUAGUGGUAAAAAAUACUGAAUAUUUACCAUUUUAGCCUUUUUUCUUUUUUUUUUUGAGACAGAGUCUCACAAUGUUGCCUUUGAUAGAGGGCUGUGAUGUCACAGCUCACAGCAACCUCAAACUCAUGGGCUUAAGCCAUUCUCUUGUCUCAGCCUCCCGAGUAACUGGGACUACAGGGGCCCACCACAAUGCCCAGCUAUUUUUUUGUUGCAGUUGUCAUUGUUGUUCAGCUGGCCCAGGCCGGGUUCGAACCUGCCAGCCUGGGUGUAUGUGGCUGGCCCUGUAACCACUGUGCUACGGGUGCCGAGCCCCAUUUUAGCCAUUUUUAAGUAUGUAGUUAUACAUUCACAGUGCUGUGCAAUUGUCACCACUAUGUGUCUCCAGAACUUUUUCAUCAUUCCAUACUGAAACUGUGCCCUGAAAUAAUCUUAACUUGCCUCUUCUCACUUCCACCAUUCUUCCUUCUGUCUCUACAAAUUCAACUAUACUGCAUACCUCAUCUCAGUGGAAUCCUAUAGUAUUUUUCUUUUUAUUACUGGCUUAUUUCACUUAGCAUAAUGUCCUCAACAUUCAACUAUGAUAUAGCAUGUACCAGGAUUUCCUUUCUUUUGAAGGCUGAGUAAUACUCCAUUGUACAUUUGUAGACAGUUACACAUACCACAUACCACAUUUUGUUUAUCCCUUCAUCCACAGAUGGACAUUUAGGGUAUUUAUACUUUUUAGUUGUCAUGAGUGAUGCUGCUAUGAACAUGGAUGUACAGAUAACUUUUUGAUUCCCUGCUUUCAAUUCUUCUAGGUAUAUACCCAGAGUGCCACUGCCCAAUUAUGAGGAAAUUGAUUUUAAUUUUUUUUUUUUUUUGUAGAGACAGAAUCUCACUACUGCCCUCAGGUGGAGUGCCAUGACAUCAUACAGCUCACAGCAACCUCUAACGCUUGGGCUUACCAAUUCUCCUGCCUCAGCCUCCCAGGUAGCUGGGACUACAGGCGCCCACCACAACGCCUGACAAUUUUUUUGUUGCAGUUUGGCCAGGGCUGGGUUUGAACCCGCCACCCUUAGCAUAUGGGGCUGGCGCCCUACUCACUGAGCCACAGGCCCCGCCCACAGCUGUACAGUACAGCUGUUUUCUGCAGAGACUGCAACAUUUUACAUUGUUGCAUGAUCAGAGAUGUGAGAGAGUCUGCAGCUUUGCCACAGGUGUGAGCUCGCUCCUGCAAUGUUCAUGGGCCCAGUGAAAAAUGACUACACACACAAAAGAUGGCCUGUAGCAAAGAAACUUUAUUUUGUGCCACCUUAUAUACAUUGGUGGUCAAGUAGAGACUUAAUCUAUAAACUUUACUAUUACCUAAAUCUUACCUAACUUACUCUAUCUAAAAUUAACUUCUGGGUAAAUAAAUAUCAAAUCCCCACAUUAAUACAAUUUCUUCUGUUUUUUACAUUCCUCUUAGACGUGUCAAUUUUAACUACAAAUCUGAUUAAACAUAACACAGAAACUACAAGGGAAAUGAGGAAGUGAAACUCCUCAUAAGCACAUACAAUUUACCCAGCAUGGCUUUAUGGCUUUGUUUCUCUAUAGCACAGAGACCUUUAGGCUCUUUGCGACAUUAUGUUUUCACAUAUGUCAACCUCAGAUCCAUGACUCUAGGAGUGAGGCUGUAACACCUGUGACCCCCAGGUCUGACAGAAUGCAUGACUUUAAAGUCAUUGUUCCUGGAAUUUCAUCUCCAAGGAAAUAUGCCCUGUGUAUGCUCAGGGGAGCCCAGCUCUCUGUUCAGCUUUUUUGCUGUUUGCUUCUAUGUUAGCAAAAGCAAAUUAACUCUUACCAGGCUCACUUCAUGUGCUUCAUGUGGGGAGCUCUGUCACCCCACAUACAUUCCCACCAGCAGUGCACAAGGAUUCCAGCUCCAUCACAUCCAUGUCAACACUUAUGUUUUUUUUUUUUUUGAGACAGCCUCAAGCUGCCCCAAGUAGCUGGGACUACAGGUGCCCACCACAAUGCCCGUCUAUUUUUUGGUUGCAGCCAUCAUUGUUGUUUGGCAGGCCUGGGCUGGAUUCGAACCUGCUAGCUCAGGUGUAUGUGGCUGAUAGCCACUUGAGCCACAGGUGCUGAGCCAACACUUACGUUUUUUGAUGACAGCCAUCCUAGUGGUUUUAAUUUGUGUUUCCUUAGUGAUUAUUGAUAUUGAACAUCUUUGCAUGUGCCUUUGGCCAUUUGCGUAUCAUCUUUGAAGAAAUAUCUGUUCAAGCCCUUUGCCACUUUUUUCACAUUUAUGAUUUUAUUAUUCAAGAUAAGUGGUAUUUCUAAUGAAGCAUAAACCUUAGCUUUAAUUUAUAAAAAGAUGGCAGAUUAAAUUCCUGAUACUAUAUUGUGAACUCAACAAAGAGUAAUUAAUAUACAAUGCAAAAAAACCUUCAACUGUUCCUAUCCUAAUUAUGUUUUCCUUUUAUCAUGGGUUUAUUUCACUUAGUAUAAUAUCUUCAAGAUUUACCUAUGUUGUAGCAUGUGUCAGAAUUUCCUUACUAUUAAAAACUAAUAGAUUCCACUGUA